GGAUCUCGCCGCGGCCGCUCCCGUCGUGCUCCCGCUGCCGCUGGAGCCGCGGGCCCGCCCGGCUGUGCCGCGCCGGGCGGGAGGAUGCGGCGCUUCGCGCGGGUGGCGCUGCUGUGCCUGGGCUGCGCCGUCUGCUCGCUGCUCUACGGCCUCAGCCAGCUGGCCCUCUCCCUGGAGCAGGAGCCUGGCGGCGGCCGCGAGAGGCAGGCCCGAGACCCCGCCACGCUCGGCGCCCGGCGGCAGGCGGGGAGCGCGGGCCGAGGCGAGGCGGGGACCGGCAGGUGUAAGAAUUUGUCUGUAUCUUUCUGGAAUUCCUAUUGGAUGCUGCCCUCUGAUGUUUGUGGAAUGAACUGCUUUUGGGAAGCUGCUUUUAGAUAUGAUUAUGUGAAAACACAUCCUUCUGAGAAAAUGCAUCUAGCAGUGGUGGCCUGUGGUGAAAGACUGGAAGAGACUGUUACUAUGUUGAGAUCAGCCAUUAUUUUCAGCAUCAAACCUCUCCAUUUUCAUAUUUUUGCUGAGGACCAAUUGCAUGAGAGUUUCAAAGACAUACUUGAAGAAUUCCCCUAUGAAGGAAAAGUUAAUUACACAUUGUAUCCAAUAACAUUUCCAUCUGAGAGUGCAGCAGAAUGGAAGAAAUUAUUUAAACCAUGUGCUUCACAAAGACUAUUUUUGCCAUUAAUCCUCAAAAAUGUGGAUUCACUACUGUAUGUUGAUACUGACAUCUUGUUUUUGAGGCCUGUUGAUGAUAUUUGGUCUUUUCUGGGAGAAUUCAACUCCACACAAAUUGCUGCAAUGGCACCAGAACAUGAAGAGCCUCGUAUUGGGUGGUAUAAUCGAUUUGCUAGACAUCCCUAUUAUGGAGUAACUGGAAUUAAUUCUGGAGUCAUGCUAAUGAAUAUGACACGUAUCAGAAGAAAAUAUUUCAAGAAUGAUAUGACACCAGUCCGGCUACAAUGGGGAGAAAUUCUGAUGCCACUACUGAAGAAGUACAAGCUGAACAUAACAUGGGGUGAUCAGGAUCUAUUGAACAUUAUGUUUUUUCACAAUCCAGAAAGUCUUUAUGUCUUUCCUUGCCAAUGGAAUUACCGGCCUGAUCACUGUAUCUAUGGAAGCAAUUGUAAGGCAGCUGAAGAAGAAGGUAUAUUUAUUCUUCAUGGAAAUAGAGGUGUUUACCACGAUGAUAAACAACCAACUUUUAGGGCUGUCUAUGAAGCGAUAAAAAAUUAUUCAUUUGGAGAUGACCUGGUUCAUUCGCUGCUGCAGCCCCUAGAACGGGAGUUACAGAAAACCACGCACACAUACUGUGGAAGAGUAUACAAAGUAUUCAUAAAGCAGCUAACAAAAAGCAUAAGAGACUUGUAUGCCAGAAGAUCAAAGGGAAGGUGAUUUUUGACUGCUAGCUGUUACAUCAAGAGACUGAAUUAACAUAGCUGGUCAAAAGGUGCAAGAAUUCUAUUACAGCUUGAAUGGGCUCUUAAUGUGCCCAGAAAAAAGUUUACUAGCAUACAUAAAAAUGAAGAAAAUAUUCAUGUAAUGAAGAGCAAGAACUUUUUUCUGCAACGGUGACUUUUUGGUUUUUUGAAGUUUAAUCAAUGCUAAUGUUUGUCUCAUAUCUGAUGAUUUGGGUGUUACUGGCUUCUAUGGUCAGUAAUUUUAGUCUGCAUAAUUCAGUUAUCUAAUGAUAAAUGAACAAGGAAGAAAUGAAGAUGACUCUGUUUGGGAGUGUACCUCAUAUAUUAUCUAAAAUUCUAUUAAACUGUGAAUGUAGCAAUAACUGAGUCAGCAGCACUAACCUCACUUUAAAGGUGUGAGCCUUUAUGUAAACAAAGUUGUUUACAAGUGCAGAAAAUAUUCUCUUGUCAAAGAAAUGUGUUGUAAUCAUUGACAAUCUGCAUGUGCCUUUAUAUGUUCAUCUCUUACAUGUUGAAGUACUGUUUUGACAAUCUUGUUUCGUUUCUCUCAGAUGUAAACUGCACACUAUAAAUAUGAUUUUCUGAGAAAUUAAUGACUAGUAUGUGAUACUAGUUUGCUCUGUAGUAAAUACAGAGACUUUAUAUCAAAAUUAAUUUUUUUUCAACAUUGUAGAGCCGUUAGCACCAAAAGGUGGAGCAGAACUGAGGGGUUUUAAGUAAAAAUCCAAUUUGAAGUUGCUUGUCUUACAAUACUUUAAAAAAUGUCAUGGUUUUGCAGCUUUAUUGGGCAUUUUUGGAAGUAGGAAAAAAGCCCAGUAGUGGAAAGCUGUUGCUGUUGUAUUUCCGUGCUAGGAAUUAUUACCUGAUGAUUUUAUAGAGCAUGUAGUAUCUAGAAGUGAAGAGCUGUAGUAAGAGUUCUGAUGCUUCAUCAGACUGUGUAGUAGAUGGGGUUUUUUAGAGAAUAUAUCCUGUUAUAAUAUUUUUUUAAUAAAUGGCUUUAAAAUAGUUUUGGGGCAGACCCUCAACUACAUGAAUGCAUUACUGUCGAUAGGGUGAUAGUGAUUUGCAACAGGAAAGGAUUAGAUUUCCUCCAGUUAUCUCAGUGAAAAAAUAAAACCUUCUGUUUAAGUAAUAAAAACUUUUUCUCCAGAGAAAACCAUGAAGAAAAAGGCUGAAUUUUAGUGUUACAGUAAAAUAUUUAAACUUGCAUGGUAUGAAAUGUAUUUGUAAAGUAUAUAUGAACUCAGAUAACCUGUCUAAGUGAGAUGAAGUCUUCAUAAAGUGAGCUUUUGGAUUCCAGGACAGUUCUUGUGUGUUGAACAUGGAGGAUCCACUCACUGCCUUGCACCUUCAUCCCAACCCCAUUUUGGAAGCCUAAUUUUUGUAUCUAUUUCCUUGUCAAAGAUAGACUGGCUCUGACUUCCAGAUCCAUGUGAGCUGGACAAAUGCUUUAGCAGUACAGGAACACGCUCCACUGUCAGCAGAGUUUGUAUCCUGCUUCUAAUUUCCCUGCAGGCUCAGGGUAUAAAUUUUUUGGGAUGGAAUCUAGGAAGCAGUCUGCCUCUCAUGUAGGUCUCUUCUUGCUGUGUAACCUUUUGAAGCCUGAAAAUGUAGAAAUCUCUGUGGAGGUGAAUACUGUAACUGACUGAUUUUACAAUAUGCAGUGCAUUAUUUUUUUACAUAAAUACUGAUUUUUGUAUCAAUUUGUCUUCAUAUUUUCUUUGUACUUGUACUGUGUGUUUGUAUUUAAAAAAAUCUUUCAACUUGUUUUUUGUGUUUGUCUUUGCACAAACUUUCAGUUUUGAAUUUAUUUUUAGUGUGUUGUAGGCAUGUCAAGAUACUCUUAAAACCUAAUGGACCAUUUAGGUAAAAAAGGGGAAAGUGGACCUUAGCAGCAAUCUUUCCAUUUAAAUUUCAAAUUUUAUGGGGGAGUAGAACAAAAAGAAUUAAUAUUGAUGCUUAUUGUAGCACAAAAAUUCUUAUUCUGUGUUUAUAACUAGAAAUGUUUACUUACCAUAUUACGAAUAGCAGAAUAUGGCCCUAUGCCAUAGGUUUUGAUUAAUUUUUUAAUAGAAAUGAAAACAGCUCAUCUUAGUUCACCCCCAGGUAACACUCGUGAACACUUUAGAGAAGUUUUGAAAAAAGCAAGGAGCUUCCAUAAGUAAUUCUGCAGAGUAUUUGUCUGUUUCAAAUACAUUUUUAGUUUUCUAGUCCCUGUGUUUUAAAUGUAGGAAAACAACCUACCUUUACAGACAAAAACCCAAAAACUGGCUUUUAAGGGAAACAUUUAGAGACACUAAAAAGACUGGGAAUCCAGAUAACAUGAUAGAAACCAGUUAUGCUCCCAAACAUUUCAGUACCUCAUUUGUAAGGUUAGAUGCUUAAAAGUGUAGAGCUUACAUCUAGCUUGGGAAUUCUUAUCUCUCUACUUAUAGAAUCAUUGUUUUUUCUACAAACAUAGUGAGUACUAACAAAUUACAGACCUUUAGGAAUCAAAUUUUUAAUGAUUUAUUUGUUAUAAAGUUAUUAUAAAGUGUAAAGUUUGAUAGAAAAAUAUAAACAUCAGGAAAUAUGCAUUCAGUUUAACUGAAGAUGAAUCUGUCUUCCUCAUGCUUGAUUAGUCUCUAUGUUAUGAUACCAUUAUUCUGUCUCUUCUAAAGGGAUCACAGUCUCAUGGUAAAGAGAUCUGUGUGAAGCUGUUAUCUUAUCUGGAUGAGCUUCUGUCACUCCUUGUAGACAACAUGAAAAGCAAGCUGUCCUUUCAUGGGACUGAAACAUCCUUGUGUGUGGUGCUUGUGCCACUGCCAGUUACUAAGGCUGCAUAAGCUUUAUGGAAAUGUCUGUCCAGUUAUUUGUAGUUUUGCUGAAAUUCAGACUGUGGUGACCUUUAAUGACAGUUGAAUUGGUUUUGGUAAGCUUUUGGUUUAAGCUUAGAAUGAUUAAGAAAACAGGUUUAGAGGUGAGGGGAAGUAUUUUUUGUUAUUCUUAUUUUAAACAUAUUUUAAAAAAAUAUGGAGUUGCCUUGUGCUGGUUUUGACCUAAAUUUGGUCAAGCUGUAAACUUCUGGCAAAAUGCUGAUUGGAAGACUGAGCUGUCAGUGUAUUUCUUUUUUUUACCAGAUUUCUCUCCAUGCCAGACAUACUCCAACCAUUCAGGCUUUCCACACUUCCAUCUGUACACUUGACAUACAGGAUGACUAAGGAGGCAGCUCUCUUUCUUUUCCUUCUCCCAAAUUAUACUUCCCAUCUACACAGCAUGGAAAAGAAAGUAGCUACAAUCUCGUGGUGGGAGGAGGUUAUGGUCUGAGUCUGCUUGGAAGGUUUAGAAGCAGAACAUGCAAGAGGUAUAGCUGAAGGUGUAAUGUGUUAGCUGUAUGUGCAUUCUUGGGCUCUUUUUUUUUUUUUUUUUUUUUGAGUGGAAAUACAAUGAGUUACUGCUGCUUAUUAGCUCACAUAAUGGCUGUCAUGGUGUUUGUGGCAGAUUAAAUGGGGUGAAACUGAGCACUAACUUCAGGUUAUAUGUAGGAAAACACUAGGCUUCUGGUUUCUUCUGCCUGGUUUAUAAAGGUGUCUCCAAAUGUAUAGACAUAUGUAGAAUUUCUACUCCUUAGAAGGCUUAAGUUAUUUUUCAUUGUUUGUUUUCUGGUUCAAAUUGAAGGAUUUUCACCUAUCAAACAGGUUUAACAAUAGCCAUUUACUGGCAGUAUGAUUUAUUAUUUCACUUGACUAAGUGGAAUAUUCAUCUAUAAUUAAAAUGAAUGUACAGGCUUUUUGUCUAGAUCUUUUUAGUAAAUUAUCAGUUUUUGAGUAGUUACUAUUUUAACAUUCUCUCUCAUGGUAUCUAAUGUGAUUAUGAUAGUUACUGUGGCUUUCCUGCCCACUUUCCUGCUUUGUGAAUGGAUGGCAUUUGAAACAGCUCCAGUGAUCUUGUGUGUUAAAUAAGUGGAAGAGAACUGUAAUGUGAAUGUGUGACUUCUGUUAUCAGAAAGUGGAUUCUUCUGUAGCAGGGACAGUAGAAGUAGGAAGCAGUGGGAAGGUACUUCUCAUCACCAUAGAGCUUGUGAAAGAUCUUGUAUCUGUUUUAUGGGGUUUUUGCUGUCAGUCUGAGCAUUUUUCUAUGCACAGGAAUUUAGAAGUGAUUUUACUGUUUUAUUUCUAAUCUCUGAAUAUUUUCUGUUUCUUUUUUGGAAGUUCAGUUUUGUCCAGCUGCAUUUUUCUGUAUAUUUGAGAAGAAUAACUGAAAUUCCUACAGAGUUUUGGACAAAUAACUGCAAAGUUAUUUACUCAAGUUGUCCAAGUGGGCAAAGCGUGAGCCCAGCGAGUAAAAAAUAACUAAACAUGAGUGUAUGCACCCUAGGUUCCCUUAGGACAACAAAAAAUGUUUGAUCUUUUUAACACUACAGAGAAACAUUUGGCAGCUUACUUUCUGUAUUCAACUGCCAAAUCUUAAAUAAUGUAGAAUAAUUUCCUAUAGAAAUGCAGGUUGCCUCACAGUUGCAUUGUAGUCCUAGUAGAGUAUUUAAAACUAUUACUCAGGUUUCAAAACAGAAGAUGUUUACAGAGGUAAUAGUGAAUUUUCCACUUCAGGAAGUGAGGACGAAAUCUCAUUUUAAAGUAGUUCUCAAAAUCUCUCUCUUGUAACCAUUUAGUGGCUCUGUACAAGAACAGCUUGUCCUGCAAAGGUGUCAUGAAAUUUAAGAUAUGUUUGUCUCCUAUGCCUUUUCAAGCCUUCGUGGGCCUAUUAAAAUUUUAAGUUUCUUGAAGGAAUAUUGAGUAAUUGGAAAUUCUUGUGUUAAAAUUCAGUUGUGUCUCUUCAGUUUUGUGGUUGCUUUAUGCACAGCUGCAGUCAGUUCUCGAGAGAGUCCUCAUUUAAGCUUAUGAAUGUGCAUCUUCCUGUAUAUUUGCUUGCAAAUUUCUGCAGGGCUUCUUUAUGCUCCCUUCUGCCUUUUCCCUGCACUGCUUUUAAAAGAUAAUCACUAAGCUCUUCUUUCAUUUGAAUGCUUAUAAAAAAUUGCAGGAGGUAUUAUUACAGGUCUCUUUGCAGAAACCUGUAAUUAAAGGAGGACCUGUAUCCCUGCUGUGGUUGGGUUUUUUUUUUCCUUUUUCUUCAGACUGCUAUUUGAUGAUGUUCAGGUAGGAGGAAGUUUGCAGUGAUUGGUAAAGUCAUUAUGUUCCUUGAGUGAUCAUCUGGUAGUUUCUUCCCUGAGUAUCUGUUCUCUUAGGGUAGGUGCAUGGCUGCUGCCUGCCUACCUCAUCCAUACGAUUGCAAGUUUCUUUAAUCAAAGCAAUGACCAUCAGUUUUGUUAGAUCUGGAUUUUAAAUGCUUCUCCUAUAUCUGGAUGCCACCUUAGUUGCACAAACCAGGGACCCACUCUGUUUCCACUUGCAGAUCGUACAAUCAUAGAGUGGUUUGGGUUGGAAGGGACCUUAGAGCUCAUCUAGUUCCAACCCCUUCUCCUGGGCAGGGACACCUCCCACUAGACCAGGUUGUUCAAAGCCCCACCCAACCUGGCCAUGAACUUUCCCAGGGAUGGGGCAUCUACAGCUGCUCUGGGCAACCUGUUCAGCAUCUCACCAUCUUCACAGUAAAGAAUUCUUUCCCUGAUACCUAAUCUAAACCUUUCCUCUUCCAGUUUAAAGCCAUUCCCUUAUCCUGUCACUAAAGCCUUUGUAAAAAGUCCCUCUCCAGCUCUCUUGUAGGCCCCCUUCAGGUACCAGAAGGCUGCUCUAAGGUGUCCAUCUUUUAUUUAAUUUCCUUGUUUUAGUUUCAAGCUAAUCCAUAGGAAUAAAAUAGAUACCAAGGAAUGCACAAUUUUUCACUACAGGAGCUACUAAAGAUUUCUGUGAUACAGUUAACAAUUUUGAAAUAGUUCUCUAUCCUUGAAUCUAAUUUCUGAUUUGGUGGAUGUAAGGGUUGGUGUCCUUUGUUCAUCAAAUGAUUUGACUUUCCCUGUGUCAGCCCCUUAUGGGGAAGGAUGGACAGAUAAUUCUCAAAAGACUGAUUCCUUGUUGUCUGUUCAUUUCAAGGAAAAGAACUGUAACUUGUCAGUGGAGAUCCUUAGUAUCACCCUAUUUAAACUCUCUGAAACCAGGAAUAACUUCCCCCUUGCUGCUGUAUUGUUGUACUGGUUUUAAUUGUUUCUUAAUGGUCAUGCUAAAAGGGGAGGGGAAAUGAUGCCAUUAUUUGCAUCUCCUUGAUAGUUCUUGGCCUUUGAAUUCCACAUGACCCUUAAAAACCAACAACUUAACCCAGUCUCAGAGUCUGGGUCAAAGCCAGAGAUUAGCACUUUACCACCCUCAUUUAGGAACAUGGGUCAUGGGCUGUACUCAUAGGUUAGACAUCAGGACAGUUUCCUUGUUCUGUUUUACCAAAACAAGUCUACAAAAGCAGGACUUCUCAAGUCUGAUACAGUUUGUUGCUGUUUUAAGAACGCCAAACUUUUAAAAUACAGGCAUGUUGUAUUUUGAAAAUGUGUUAGAAGCCUUUAAGCAUAUAAUAUAACCCUUUAGCCUGUAAGUAUUAUGACUGCUUUUCAAGGUACCUGUUGAACAAAUAUUCUCACUCAAAUUCCCCUUCCCUCUUUUCCACAGAUAAUUUAUUGAUUCGUUUGUCUCCUUAGAGCAAAGCAAACAUUUGGGAAUUAGCUUUAAUAAAUGUUCCCUUGAAACCAAGCUGAAUUUUGCAAGGGGAGAAAGGAAAGUGUGAAGUUUGUUUGCUAGGGGUUGUUUCUGCACUUCAGACCUCUCUAAGGCCACAGAGUGCAAACUUGGGGCUUACCUGUGGCUUUCUCACCACUUGGAGAAGUGCUGCUAGAUUGUGCUGUCUUUAAUUUUCUCAUAAGUGGCGUUGAACAGACAGCUAAAAAUGCUUUUUGUGCCUUCCUAAGUGGCCUUUCUAUUUUAUGCAGCUUGUAUUAAAUUAUUAAACUGAGAUGAGCAAUUUAUUAUCAUUUUCUACUACCUUCAUAUUCUGGGAGGUCACUUUCCCUCCUGUUCUUCCUUUGGGUCAUUUAAUAUCAUACCCUCAUUUUCAGAAUUAUAAUCUGGGUACAACAGAUCCAUUUCUUCCUCUAUGUCUUAUGAAUGUUAAUGUUCUGCCAGUCAUUUCUGUACACAUUUUACUAGAGUAAUUCACAUUAAAUCAGUCUGUAAUAUUUAUAAGAAUAGCUUUGGAAUACAAAAGUAGAUGUAGAAGUUAUCCUAAAAUGCAAAUCUUUGUGGCUGAAUUAAUGACUAUUUAGGGCAUGAUUUUUUAGGCUUCCAAGAAAAUUAAAGCAAUAUAAUCCGUUUCAACUAAUGAUUUAAGACCAGGAAAUCAAAUUUAGUUAAAGCUGAUGUUUUAGCCUUAUAAUGCUGACCUGACCUACUGUGUCUCACUGAGCAGCUGGUGUCCAAGAAACUCUGCUUGCCUGUUGGAUUUCAUGAAACUUCUGCCAAAUAUUCAAUGCAGUUCUGACUAGUCACUGGUAUUGCUAUCUUUUAAAUUUUAAAAAAUUUUCUAUGUUUUACUUUAUUCUUUUGUUUUACAUUUUUAUGCCAUGGAUAGUUAUUAUUCAAGGUGAAUUUGGAUUGCACCUCUAAGCCCAAGAAAAAAAAAACCAAUUUUGCUAUCCAAAGUGUGUAAUGUAUGUUUGUCUUUUGAUUUGAUAUUAUUCAUCAGUUUUGUGGGUAAAAUUGAUGUAUUUGGGUUUACUACCUCUCAUCCUUUCUGCUUGUUCUUCCUGGUUUGUCUCCUUUCUUUACUACCCCUCCAGUCUACUUGCUGCUUGUCUUCUCCAGGAGUUGGUGUCACUCUACCUCUCAGAUCUUUCUGGAUCUCCCUGGCAGUUGAAUGUGUUCUGCCACCAGGAUGCAGAACUGUGCUUUCAGAGCUGUUUGCUGUGGUAAGGUGACCAUACAAGUUCAAGCCAGAAGGGUUCCCUAGAGCAGGCCUACUGCUUUCUCCACAGAGCUGCUGCAUGAGCACCAUGUCUGGGCACCUAAGCAUGUUCCUGACCCAGUGCAGUGCCUAAGCAGUGCUGUUGCUGUCUCUUUCUUGAUUGUAACUUGGGGAAUAAAUGGAGUUUCCCUUUCAGCUUUGUAUAGACUAUUACAAAAUGGUAACCAUAUUUAUUUUUCUGUAGAGAUAAAGGUCUUUUACCAGAGGUGUGCUUUCAGGAAGAGAGCUUGGCAGAUGAAGCCAUUACAGUUGAAAGGAGGUGAUCUGAGCCGUUCUGCUUGCCCGAGGCAGGCAGGCUCAGCAGGGCUCCUGGGAGCAGCUGAGCACCUGCCUGCCAGGGCACCUGGAGUCAGAGGAGGGCUUGGUCUGUGCCCUGUUCCUGUACGUGCUGCAUGACCUCUAAGGAAGAAGCAAUCUUCAAUCAGCUCUUCUUUCUGUGAAGGUACAAGGAGAGGAAAUUGAUUUCUGACUUCAAAAGGCCCGGACAAAGUUUUAGAGGGAUUGCUGAAUACAACAGAGUGCACAGAAUAUAAAAUGUUUCUGGCUGAAAAAUUAACAGCUUCAAAUAGCCCAUUGAACCACACAGGAUUUUGAGAAGUACCUUCUUCACUGGUCCAUAGACACAAUGAAUAAACUGAGCAAAAGUUAGUGAUGGUAGGAUACUGCUUAAAAACUAGAUCAAUAUCUUAUUUUUGCAGUUAUCCUAUUUUGCCUAUUUUGAUUAUUCUUUGCCCAGAAGGAUAGGGUGUAAUUAAUGAAAAUUGAUUUAACUUGAAGAAAAAAGCAUUAACAGUUUUCUAUUGCAACAAAAAUGCAGUAGCUAGCAAAUGUGCAGGUUUAUGUGCUAGACCUCAAGCAGUCUCUAAAUUAAUUAGAAGUCACUUUAUUAGCGUACAUUUGUCAAAUAAUACAUUGAGAAUUUUUAUAUAUUUGCACAAAAUAAACGUAUUUUUAUAAAUUUUAUUUUUAUAAAUGUAUAAAUUAAUACCCUAUUGCAAAUACAUGUAUUUUGAGAACACCACAUCCUACACCAUAACUUUAUAACUCUUAGAUGUGAAAGUGCUUGUUCUCCACAUAGAAUAGUAUUGUGUCUCUGAAAAAGUGUAAUGUUUAGAGGAGCACCUUUAUGUGCCUUGUGCAUACCAGCACUCUUCAUUUUCACCUAAAUUAUGACGCUCUGAGGAUGCAAAUUUAUUUUUUGUGUCAGUAAAGCCAGUGUCCAUUACCCUAAACAGCACUGGGAAAUGCAGAGAGUUUUGUCACCCACUGGCACCUUGGCAGGCAUUAGAGGAAACAAACUGAAAGGAGUUUCUUAAACAGAACAAUUUAGCAGUACUGUGCCUGACUGAAAUCACUGGCUCAUGCUUCAAAAUACCCCAUAAGCACAAAGGAAAUACAGUAAUAUACAGUCUUCAACAAGAAGGAUAUAUACAGACCUUCUGUCCUCUUCAGAAAUCCUCCCCUAAUUCGUUUUAGUCCUGAAAGAUGUGUCAGAAGCUCCUUGAAGUCCAUUAAGCAUUUUGCUAUUGAUUUAAUGUGAAAGUAUUCAGAUACCCUAGCAAUGGAUGGCAGCAUAAAGCACUGAUAAAUCAAUUAAUAAAGUUUGGCCAUGGGGGGGAGGAUGUUAGUUCAUCUAGUCUCAUCAGUCAUAUAUCACAGACCAUCAAAUUUCUCCCUCUUACAGCUGUAAUGAACCCAGUAAUUUAUUUGACCAAAGGAUAACUUGUGUCCAGCUAGCCCAUGCCUUUCUGAGAAAUGUCCAGUCUUGGUUUGAGUGCAUGAAGAAAGAAGAUGCUUCCCUUUGCCUGAUUGUUGCAAUGGUUUGUUGCUCUCACAGUGAUAAGUAUGUUCCUCAUGUCUCAUUUGAAUUCUUUCUGGUAUUAGGUUUCAGCCAUGGAUUCUUUUUAUGCUUCUCCCCACUGGGGUAAAGAGGUCCUUAAUCCACUGCAGUUUCUCCUUGUGGUGAUACUAAAAUGUAGCAAUCAAAUCACCUCUCAAUUUUGUUUUGGAUAAAUUGAGUUCACGAACUCUAACUCAAACAAAUCUCUUAGGUUUUGUGGCUCUUUUUAAUACCUUCAUCAAUUUUCCAGAAGCCUCCUUAAAAUAUGGGCACAGCAUAAAAUAUAGUAUACAGGAUUUCAGUUUAGUUAAAGAUUUGGUAAUUUUAAUACAUAGGUAAAAUUUUCAUAGUGCUUUCUAAAUUUGUACAUUGAGUGCUCAUGUUAGCACACGUUCCAUUCCUGGCCUUGGAUCUUCGUUCCUUGCUGUGGGGGCAUUUGUCUUUGUUAGAGUGAGCUCAGCCUAAUGCUGUUUCAUCACAGUAAUGGAGAUUCAGCUGUGGAAUUGCUGCUGUUAUCACUGUUUAUCAUCUUACCAGGUAUUGUCAUCUGCAAACUUCAUCAGCUGUGAUUUUAUAUUUCCUUCCAAAUUACUAGUGAAAGCUUUUAAUAAUGUUGUCCUUCAUAACUUCACUGGAAACAGCUCUUUGAUAAAGAUUUUCUAUCAAACAUUAUUUGUUGAGAGUAGCCAGUUAAUCUUGCAGGUUUUUUUGUGUUUCUGGUUUUUGUCUGCAUAGUAUAAUUUCAGCUUCUGGAACAACAGAAUAUAUUCAGGAAUAAAUAUCAUACUUGUUUGACAAGCUUUAUUUUCCUGGAAAGCACAUUGAUUACUUCUGAUUGUAGUAUUUUGUUUUAGUUUCUUUCCAGAUAAUUGUGUUGCAACUUCUGUAAUUUUUUUUUGUAUGUGACAAUAGUCUUGUAGCAGUCUUAACUGAAAGUUACUCAGUAUUUUAAAUAAAGUUAUUUAGAUUGUUUUA